ACUUCCAACAAGAAGAAUAGAAGCUGCUGCGCCUGUGUGACCACAUUGUUCUCUCUUCUUCAUUUUCUUCUUCUUCCUUCUUUCCCAUUCAAGAUUAGGGUUUUCUUUUCAAACCCCUUUUCCUUUCUUCGAACGCACUGCACCGAAUUCAAUCCUACUCUUCCACACGGGAGAAAAAAAGACUUCAAAUUUGAAGAUGGCUGCGACUUUUGCUUCCAGAUGUUCUCGUGUGGGCCGUUCUCUUCUCGGGGGAUUAAGCAACAGUUCCCCUGGUUUAUUUUCCACAUCACAUGAGCUGACAUGCGGCAAUUUCUUUUCUCAGCAACAACGCACCUUCAUUCAGAUGAGGACUGUUCUCAAGGUUGUGGAUAACUCUGGGGCUAAGAAGGUGAUGUGCAUACAAGCAUUGAAAGGGAAGAAAGGGGCAAGAUUAGGUGACACAAUAAUAGCAUCUGUGAAGGAAGCACAUCCUAAUGGAAAAGUGAAGAAAGGAAAGGUUGUGUAUGGGGUAGUUGUGCGUGCAGCAAUGCAAAGGGGGCGUUGUGAUGGCAGUGAGGUCAAGUUUGAUGAUAAUGCUGUGGUGCUUGUUGACAAGCAAGGCCAACCUAUUGGGACCAGAGUUUUUGGACCAGUGCCUCAUGAACUGAGGCAAAAGAAGCAUGUCAAGAUUCUUACCUUGGCGGGACAUAUUGCAUAAAUGAGAAAAAAAGGGUUGUUAUGAAUUCCAAUAUCACAUCUACCAUUUUUUAUUUGAAUUUUGGUGUGAUGUGCUUAGUACCUUAUCAAUUUAGGAUGCGCAAAACAGGUGUAGAAGGCUUUUACUUAAAUAACUAGCAUUUGAUUUGAUUUAGUUUCUAGCCAAAAAAUGCUCUAGAGACACGAUAUUCAUGUGUGUUUCAUGUAACAGAUCAAAUAUUUAUGAUUAUGAUGAUUUUUUUUUAUUUA